AAUUUCUGAUCAUUUCCUGAUUAUUGACGUAAACAUAUUAUUAAGAGCAGCCUGUAUACAAGAUCGAGAUAAAUCCAAGUUCAAGGCGCAAGUGCAAAACGAGAGCCGCCGUAGUAUAGAAGGUUCCUGGCUAGGACCUCGGACCAUCAUUCCGUCUUGGAGGUCCAGGGGAACAGGUUGCCCAACUAGUUUCACCAGUGUCGUGUUACAACAUGUUACGGCAAUGGAUACUGCUCUUAUUUGCCCACCUUGUGUCGUGUAGUGGGAAAAGUUCCCCGCCAGAACUUCCUUAUGAUGAGGCUCCAGACCCAAUCCUUUCGUUCAUGGAACGAACGUACACCACAGGCAGAGCUAGAGCCACUUUCGAGGCUGGUUCCCCGCUGCUUCUCACGCCCUUCAUUGAAGAGAAGAAACUUAAAGAAGCCAGAGAAGCAGCAUACGUCGACCCUGACUAUUUAUUACCUGAUAUGGAUAGCUAUGCUGGAUAUCUGACGGUCAACAAGGAGUACAAUGCCAACCUCUGGUUUUGGUAUUUCCCAGUGGCAGAUAAGCCAGUAGAAGAGACCCCACUGAUUCUAUGGCUACAGGGGGGACCUGGCGCUUCUUCACUGUAUGGGCUAUUCACGGAAAUAGGACCUUUUGUAGUAACUGACGACCAUAAUUUGGAAGAAAUUAAAUAUUCUUGGGGCAAGAACCAUUCGCUUCUAUUUAUUGAUAACCCGGUGGGCACCGGUUUCAGUUUUACAGACGAUGACCGCGGGUACGCCACCAACCAAACUAUGAUUGGAGAGAACCUUUACACAGGACUACAGCAGUUCAUGACGAUAUUUCCGGAGUUGCGCAAGGCGCCACUGAUCAUUGCGGGUGAAUCGUACGCCGGGAAACACAUACCUUCGUUGGGAGUACAAAUUCUGUGGCAUAAGGGAGAAGAUGAACCCAUAAAUCUUCAGGGUCUUGCAAUUGGCAACGGCUUCAAUGAUCCCCUGUCACUGCAGAGGUACAGUUAUUUCGUGCGAGAGGUAGGAUUGGUUGAUGACAAAGUGGCAGAUACAAUGAAAGACCUAGAAGCAGCUGUCACUCAAUUUAUAAAGGAGGGGGAAACGGUGAAGGCAUAUGCUUAUUACAAUUAUCUACUACAAGUGUUUUUAUCAGAAUCUCGUCUCUCCAAUUUAUACAAUUAUCUCGAUGAUGACAUAAGCUUGGAAGGAGCGUACAUGGACUACCUUCAGACAACAGACGUCCGUCGGGCUUUACACGUGGGCAACACAAAUUUCACCUCCAUUGGGGUUGUGUAUAGAAAACUCGUACCUGAUUUUAUGAGAAGCGCUAAGAUGUGGCUCGAGGAGCUCAUUGAAAACUACAGGGUCUUGCUUUACAAUGGCCAUUUGGACAUAAUUGUUGCGUACCAUCCUUCGGUUAACUCUUACAACUCAUUGGAGUUUUCUGGAACAUCUGACUUCAAGGCCGCAAAACGGUUGCCGUGGUAUCACGACAAGAAAGUUGCUGGUUACUACAAAGUCGCGGGCAACUUAACAGAAGUAAUGGUCCGCGGUGCGGGCCACAUGGUGCCCGCCAACCAGCCCGCAGCCAGUCUAGGUCUCAUCACUGCCUUCGCACGCGGUCUCUCCCUGGACGAGGACACCGGAUCUCUAGUCACCGUGGAAAAAAAAUCUCUGCGACGUCGUCCAUUGCAACUAAAAUAGUUAAAAUGCCAAUUAUAUGUGUCUUUGUAUUUUUUCUUACAAUAGAAAAAUAACUUUCGUACCUAAAUAAAAUAAAGUACCUAA